AUGGGUACGGUGUUGCCCGCAGAGACUCUGGCACUGAAGUCUGGAUUUAAAACGCCAGGUAUUUCGCCCUCCGAACCCAUUACGUCAGAUAUUCUGCACAGCUUCCUGUACGGCCGUUGGAGGAACUUGCUGGUGGAACACCUCGAGGACAGUCCCAAGACCGCCUUCACCGCGGAGGUCCUCGCGCAGUCUUUCCCAGGAGAGGCGCAGAAGCUCUCGAGCCUAGUCCUGCCUCGCGGAGUAAUCAUCGCUCAGAGCUCCAUCCCCGGGGAAGGACUCGGCAUAUUCUCCAAGACCUGGAUCAAGGCCGGCACGGAGAUGGGCCCUUUCACCGGCAGAGUCAUCUCCCCCCAGCACCUGGACCUCUUCAGGAACAACAACCUUAUGUGGGAGGUGUUUAACGAGGACGGAACUGUGCGCUACUUCAUCGACGCGAGCCAGGCAGACCACCGCAGCUGGAUGACGUACAUUAAGUGCGCCCGCACUGAGCAGGAGCAGAACCUGGAGGUGGUACAGCUGGGCAGCAGCAUCUUCUACAAGGCAGUGCAGACUAUCCCCCCUGACCAGGAGCUUCUGGUGUGGUAUGGAAACUCCCAUAACACUUUCCUGGGGAUCCCAGGAGUCCCUGGGACCAACCCGGAGCAGCCCAAAAAGAGCAAGAGUGAUGACUCCUACUCAUGCGAAGGCCUCCCAUCCUCCUCCUCCCCCUCCUCCUCUUCCUCAUCCACCUCCUCCUCCUCCUCGGUGGGCAGCCGCAUGCGCUGCGUGAUCUGCCACCGCGGCUUCAACUCGCGCAGCAACCUGCGCUCCCACAUGCGCAUCCACACGCAGGACAAGCCCUUCUCCUGCCGCUACUGCGCGCGGCGCUUCAGCCAGUCCUCCACGCUGAGGAACCACGUGCGGCUGCACACCGGAGAGCGGCCCUACCGCUGCCCCACCUGCCACAGCGCCUACUCCCAGCUGGCCGGGCUCAGGGCCCACCAGAAGAGCGCCAGACACCAGCCCGGGAGCGCCGGCCUCUCCCAGGGGCCUCAUCACCCAGCCCAGCUCCCUGCAGCGCACCUGACGGGCCUGGCGCUCUGA